AACUUCCGUUUCUACGGGUAGCGGAACCGGAAAUACGUCACAGGUCUAAAAGAUUGAAGAUAUUCAGACAAAAUUGGUAAAGCACGGAUUUGUCCUUAUUCUUUGAAAUUGCGUUUAGUAAAGAAUGAGCAAAGAAAACUUUUCGUCUGUUACAAGAGAUGAACAACAAUAGACCGCGAACGGUAUCAAUGGUCGACGCGGGAAACAAGCAGUCCUCUUCGACUAACAUGAUAACCGGAAGUAUGAGAACAGUUCAACGAGAUGGAAGCCGGGUGACAACUGUCGUAGCUACACCCGGUUUAGGAAGCGAUAGAGCUUCAGAAAUUUCAUACACGGACACUAAAGUUAUUGGAAAUGGUUCAUUUGGUGUUGUAUAUCAAGCGAGGUUGGCAGAGACCAACGAAUUAAUCGCUAUAAAGAAAGUUCUGCAGGAUAAAAGGUUUAAGAACAGGGAACUGCAGAUUAUGAGAAAGCUGGAACAUCAGAAUAUAGUACAAUUAAAGUACUUUUUUUAUUCUAGUGGCGACAAAAAAGACGAGGUAAGUGUUCUCUGAGCUUAAAGUUAUUUUCUCAUAUGGGAGUCGUACCUAGUCGAAAAUUUUUUCCCUGAGCCCGAUACUAAUCGUCAUAUUUCGUGAGUUGAUAAACUCUUUUAGUAUGAACAGUAUAACACUCUGCAUAUAAAUUUGUCAAUAAUUUAUCUAUAAAACUACAUAUAUUGUCUAAAUUACCUGGAGAUGGAGAACGCAACUAUCCCAAAAAAAGUAUUUUGUUAACGACUAUCAAAGCUUUUCAGGAAAAAGUUCAUUGUCCGUAAAGUCACGUUCGCUUUAUCAUACACAAAAUGUUACUACAAUUCCCUUAGAUAAAAAAAGUAUUGUUCCAUCCAGGGAAUUAUUUAUUAUGAAAGUUAGUUAUACCCAAUUUAUAUGCCUGUGAUAUACUCUUAUUAUUAUUUAAGAAUUCAUCAAAUUAUUUUGACUGUAAGAAGUAGACAACCCUCUUAAAAUGCUUUAAGUCAAUAAUACUUAAACUUCAAUAUUCAAUAUUUAAAUUUUAAAAAUGGCAAUAGUUCCAUAAUUAACGGUUUAAUAAUAACAGUAUUAAUGAUAGCUUAGGAGAUAUGAAUAUAGGAUUUAAAGAGGUGGAUUAGACGGUACAGAUAAUAUAAAAGUAGGGAGCAGGGAGGGAGUUAAAGAGGGAGGUGGAAAGGGAAAGAAGCUAUACUAAAAUUAAAUUAUAUUUGUAUAAUUUGAUAGAAUUAUCUUAUUAAUGUACAUUUAUUCUCUUUAUAUUCGUUAUUUUUUUUUAUUGUGAUAAGAAAAGAUGAGACGUGUUGGAGAAAAGACUUAAAAAAUUUUUUUACUACAUUUAAACGGCGUAGAUAUAAUUUGAUUUUAUCUUAUCUAUAAGUAUCUUAUAUAUUUUUAUUAGUCUCUCUAACAUUUACUAGCAAUCGUAGUCAAAAUUUCUACUUUUAUUUAUUUAAAAUUCCUAUGGGUAUUCUAGAAAACCGGAGGAAUAAUCAAUAGUUGUAAUUUAAGUGUCUUGUACGAAGUUGAGAAAGGGAGGGGAGGGAGGAGGGUGAGUGCUGGGCGUGAUAAGGAAAAAGUUGAAUUGAAAGAGAAUGUAGAAUAGGAAAUAUUGAUAAUAAUUAGAAGAAUACUUACUGUCAUAUACAUACAUAUAUAUGUAUCAUUUUUGCUGGAAAACUUUUAAACUGACGUUUAGUACCACAGCAAGACCGAUAGUUAACUAAAUAUUAAUACAAGCAUUACUAUUCUAGAUUCAUUCUCCAGGUAAAGCGACUCAUGUUGCGUCGAAGUGUCACAAGCUUUACAUCAAAGAUUGUUAUUGAUGAAUUUUCCACAGUUUUCUCUUAUAUAUUUUUGUAGGACUUGGUUUGUUAUUUAAAAGAAUUUAUGUAAAAUUUAUUUAUUUAUUUAUAUUUUAUUAAAUAAGUAGAUGAAUACGUCUUUUAGCUAUUUUGCAUACAUGGUCAUUUUUUGAAUAAUUUACACGUAUUAAGCAUAUAUUUAUAUACAUACUGUAUUCAUACAUAUUUAUCAUAAAUUGUGUUCUUAUUCUAUCUGUCUCUCGAUACAGGUGUACCUAAAUCUAGUUCUGGAAUAUGUACCCGAAACCGUUUACCGUAUAACGCGACAUUAUUCAAAGAUGAAGCAAACAAUCCCAAUGUUGUACAUAAAAGUAUAUAUGUACCAAUUAUUCAGGGGCUUAGCGUAUAUUCACCAGGAGGACGUAUGUCACCGCGAUAUAAAGCCCCAAAACCUUUUAUUAGAUCCUGAAUCGGGUGUUUUAAAACUGUGCGAUUUCGGUUCAGCCAAACAACUAGUACGCGGUGAACCUAACGUUUCCUACAUUUGUUCGAGAUAUUAUCGUGCACCUGAAUUAAUCUUUGGCGCUACUGAUUAUACGCCUCAAAUUGAUGUCUGGUCUGCCGGCUGCGUCGUUGCCGAGUUAUUAUUGGGACAACCGAUUUUCCCAGGAGAUAGUGGCGUUGAUCAGUUGGUUGAAAUUAUCAAAGUUCUUGGUACUCCUACUAGAGAGCAAAUUAGGGAAAUGAAUCCGAAUUAUACCGAAUUUAAAUUUCCUCAAAUAAAAGCGCAUCCUUGGGGUAAAGUGUUCAGACCCCGAACCCCGUCAGAGGCAUUGGACCUAGUAUCGAAGCUGUUGGAAUAUACGCCAACGAAGAGGAUCAUACCAUUGGAGGCCUGCGCCCAUUCGUUCUUCGAUGAACUACGUGGGCAAAAUACUAGAUUGCCUAAUGGACGACCACUUCCACCCUUGUUCAAUUUUACGGAGAAAGAACUCGCCGUUAGACCUGCUCUACAGGGACGACUCAUUCCCUCGACGUCCGAAAAUCAGGAACAGCAAGCUUCCGGUGGAGACAUGUAAAAUAAAAACAAAACAGAAACUAAACUUUAAAUCAUUAAAAAACAAAAAAAAAACAAAACAAAAAAAAUUUAUUGAAAGAAAACAAAAGAUAAUUUAAAAACAAGUGCGUUUUUAACCGACUAUUUCAUUUCUUUUCUCUUUUUUGUUGUGCGUACGACGUUUACUUUUUGUUCGUUUAGGUAAGACGAGUGUAAUAUUCGUUGUGUAAAAAAGAAAAAAAAGGAAGAAAAAAAGAAGAAGGAGAAGAAGAAGAAAUGGAAAGAAUCGUAAAAAAACUGCAUUAAAAAAAAUUUUAAUAUGUUUUUUUUUUUUUUUUGCAGUUUUUUUUCUUUUUUUUUU